AUGUUCUGCGUCACCCUGCUCGCUUUACUCUGCUGCGGCAUCUUCGUCGAUGCAGGAAGCAUUCAGGCACGGUCUUCUUCAUAUUCCGGAGAAUAUGGUGGAGGUGGAGGAAAGCGAUUCUCACACUCUGGAAACCAACUGGAAGGGCCUAUAACGGCCAUGAGGAUUCGGGUGAACCGCUGGUAUAUUGUGGGUCUGCAGGUCCGGUAUGGAAAGGAGUGGAGCAACUACGUAGGCGGUUCAUCAGGUGACCUGGAGGAAAUCUUCUUGCACCCGGGAGAGUCCAUCAUCCAAGUCUCUGGAAAAUACAAGAACUACGUCCGGAAACUUAUAUUUGUCACUGACAAGGGGCGCUACUUCCCCUUCGGAAAGGACACAGGCACCAGUUUUAAUGCCGCUCCACUCUACCCGGGCACUGUCCUGCGCUACUUCAGUGGCAGCUCCGGUUCUGUCAUCGAUGCCAUCGGGUUCCACUGGGACAGCUACCCAAGCGAUUGCCCCAGCUGUGGAAAAUGA